AUUCUCAAUGUAAACUACACAUUCUGGAUUGUCCAUCGCGUGUGCCACAUGGACUGAACAACAACAAUAUUAUCAUGGCUAUGCGAUUGUAUCAACUACAUCCGGUCGACCUUAGCUAUGAUUGAUGAACUGUUGGUUCACAUCUCUGCCCCAACUACGCGACAAAGCGACCAGCUCUACCAGUCUUUGGCCGAUGCCUAUCUUACAUUUGAGGCUGAUGUAUCUCACCGGGGAAGUUCCCGACAGAUUGAUUUUGUGAAUCAAUCUGCCUCGUCUAGGCUGAAUGUUGCUACAGCUCCAGAUCAAGGGAGUUCACUCCGAGGCACCGCGGACGCUUCCAACUUGUCUACGAGCAAAGAUUCUUACGGCAGCUUCCCGUCACAUUUGUCUUUGGAUGGACUCAAGAAUCAUGAGAAUGAUACUGUUCGGUCCGGUGAUCAUGCAGUCAAAGAUGAUUCGCCGCCCAUGUUUGGUCGACUUGCUCAAUCAGAGCAUGCGUAUCGUGAUGGGAAAUACCGAAGAAGCCUCAGGUCAAGCUCCACCAAGAGAAAUCUGCUAGUGGAAAAGGUUCCAGGUACUCCGGCCGAUGUUGACCUAGGCUUUGUUGAGAACACGCAACCGGCUACUGAAGUUCUUCACACUCAAUUACAGGAGAGCUAUCUGAAGAACUAUGACGACACGCCUGCAAGUGAUACGGAUGAAGAACGGAUUCAAGAUAGUACCAUCGAAUCGUUAGUCACAGCAACACCUGAUACAAAAGAGGAGUUUCCAGAACGUCGACGAAGUAUGCGCUUGAAAGCGGCGAGUAGCGUAGCAGAGACACCUAUACCUACUGCGAAACUGUCUGCAAAGCCCGAUGCUUUUGCAACAUCCCAGAGGGCUGUCAAUCCAGAUGAUGCUUUGAAUUCAUCAUCGCCAGCAUCAUGGCAUACAACAUGCGAGGAAAAAGGCCCUGAAGACAGUAGCCAAGUCGCGCCACCUAUAGAUUUCUCCAAAUUUCAAAUCGAUGUCUAUCCACCAGAACCCAAGAUAUCAACAGCACGACCGGGUACUCUGCCUUCUCAAAUCACUCCACAACUAGCAGCGCUCAAGCAGCAAAAUCCGAAGCGUUUCAAGCCAAUCCGGAUAGGAAAGAAGCCGAAACCCGAUGAUCGUGGGUACUGGUUAAUCAGCUGUUCGCACUGGAGCGCACAGCUUCAGCAGGCAUUUUGGAACAAUAUCUGUGAGCAAGUCACAAGUGGAAAACUCGGCUGGGGCGUGAUGCUGUACCGAGAAGGUCGUACUUCUCGCUCAUUGGGCCAAGUCAAGUUGUACUGCUGGGGAGAGAUUGUAGAACAUACAUGGUUGGUCUUGUGGCUUUGUUCCAAGGGGAAAGUAUCUGGUUCGGGACUGGAAUGGAUUGAUGCUGAUGGAGAUGCGGUGUUCUUGAUGUCCUGAUUACUUGCAUAAAUAGUGGUGAGGGUGCCAGGGUAUUAGAUAGGUUGGACAGCGAUUUUAGUCCAGGACCCAUCACAUGCAUGCGCUCAUGUCGCGCAGGCAAUUAAAGUCGCUCUGCAGCUAAAUAAUUCCUCCCCAC